AUGGAUGUCUGGAACGUAAUUUGUCGUACCAUGCUAUUGCAGUUUCUGCUAAUCAAUCAUAGUAUAUCCAGUGAAAAUCAAGACAAUGCAUUUUUCAACCUCACUCUAACCACCAAUAGUCCGGGAUUACAGUACGAGAUAUUAGGGGAUGGUAAAUUGUGUAAAAGUAGUUGGACCAUUAAUACAUUCAUAGAUUUAAAAUAUUUAAUAAAUAGCCAUAGUGAUAUAAGGAAUAUGUUAAAUGCAAUUAACACAUAUGCAAUUAAGGACAGUUUCCAAAUAACUGUGAAUAACUUAGAGAAGCAUUUAAAAAAAAAUAAAUUUAGAUAUACAGGUAAUUAG